AUGUCUUCGUCAGGUAAUAGUGGAGCCGUUUACGGUGGCGAUGAAAUCAACGCCAUCGUUUUGGAUGCUGGAAGUCAUACCACGAGGAUUGGCUAUGCUGGAGAUGAUUUCCCCAAGGUCAUCAUUCCUUCUAGCUAUGCAAAGACAGAUGAUAACAAGAAGAUCUUUGGCCACGGUAUGGAGUUCCCACGUUCGAACCAAGAGAUCGUUCCAAUCAUGAGAGACUCUCUCAUUCAGGACUGGGAUGCUGCCAUCGAACAAUACCAUCAUUACUUUGAUAAGUUGUUGAAGGUUGACUACCAGGAACAGCCAAUCUUGAUUACUGAGCCAGUGUGGACAGACAAAACGUACAGACAGAAGCUAGUCGAGACAUUUUAUGAGCUGUUCAACUUUCCAGCAUUGUAUUUGGCAAGAACGCCUACUUGUGUCUCUUUCCAACAAGGCAGAUCCAGUUGUUUGGUGGUGGACGUUGGCCAUGAAAGCGCCAGUGUCACUCCGGUAGUGGACGGAAUCUGUCUUCUUCGAAACUCCAUGAAGACAAACUACAGCGGGCAAUUCUUGAAUGAUCAUAUAAAAAACUUUCUUCACAAGAACUUUCCAGAUGUGAAUUUGGAGUUAAAGUAUAAGAUAAAGGAGAAGACUCCAACAGUCUACCCACACAGAGCAGACUUUGUGUCCAAGACCAUACUUGAAAAUAUCACCAAAUCAUAUGAUGAGUACCAGGAGCAGAAGAUAUACUCGGAAUUCAAGGAACUCAUGCUUGAGGUGCCCGAGAAGAAAAUGAAUACAAGUAACGCACAAAAUGCUGAAGCUAUCAAGGAGCAAUACGGUGAUGAUUCUGAGAAGAGACUAUUUGAGCUUCCAUCUGGUCAGUCAGUGGAAGUCGGUAUUGACCGUUUCCGCCUCGCAGACACCUUGUUUGAUCCAGCCAGUUACCCAUUCGAGGAUAAGGAAGUUGACGAGAAAUACGCUGCCAACAAUGGAGAACUAGAUAUCAGCAGCCCUUACGAUGAUUACCGUCCUUUGAAGAGAGCAAGAAAAACCGGAUCGGGUCCAUCAACGCCAACCCCAGCUCCAGAGAAUGGAAGUACAGAAAAGACUGCUAGAGGUUUGAGCCAUCUUAUCACUCAUGCCAUUUCCUCCAUUGACAUUGACUUGAGAACCUCCAUUGCUCAUAAUAUUAUUGUUACAGGAGGAACUUCUUUGGUUCCAAAAUUAACAGAAAGGCUCUACAAUGAAUUGUCAAACUCCAACCCUGGUCUCAAGAUCCGUUUACACGCAAUUGGUAACGCUAACGAAAGAACAAACCAGGCAUGGAUUGGUGGAAGUGUUCUCGCAUCGCUUGGAACUUUCCAUCAAAUGUGGGUAAGCAAAGCUGAAUAUGACGAAGCUGGUGUCGACAGGAUCCUCACCCAAAGGUUUAGAUAA